AUGUCAGAGCCGACGCCGGCCGAGGCCGGUACCGCGGGGGCCCGGGAGGACGCCUGUCGGGAUUAUCAGUCAUCCCUCGAAGACCUGACCUUCAAUAGCAAACCGCACAUCAAUAUGCUGACCAUUCUAGCCGAGGAGAACCUGCCCUUCGCCAAGGAGAUCGUCUCUCUCAUCGAGGCCCAAACCGCCAAGGCUCCUUCCUCAGAGAAGCUUCCUGUAAUGUACCUUAUGGAUUCUAUCGUGAAAAACGUUGGACGAGAGUAUCUCACUGCCUUUACUAAAAAUCUAGUUGCAACAUUUAUUUGUGUGUUUGAAAAGGUGGAUGAAAAUACUAGAAAAAGUUUAUUUAAAUUACGUUCCACAUGGGAUGAGAUAUUCCCAUUGAAGAAACUUUAUGCCCUGGAUGUCAGAGUCAAUUCGUUAGAUCCUGCUUGGCCUAUUAAACCUCUACCCCCCAAUGUGAAUACAUCUAGCAUCCAUGUGAAUCCUAAAUUUUUAAAUAAAUCGCCUGAAGAGCCUUCAACACCUGGCACAGUGGUCAGUUCCCCUAGCAUCUCCACUCCUCCAAUUGUUCCUGAUAUACAAAAGAAUCUUACUCAAGAACAACUAAUAAGGCAGCAGUUACUUGCAAAACAAAAACAAUUAUUAGAACUUCAGCAGAAAAAGCUGGAGCUUGAACUAGAGCAAGCUAAAGCACAACUGGCAGUUUCUCUUAGUGUUCAGCAGGAGACAUCCAACUUAGGUUCUGGAUCUGCACCAUCCAAAUUACAUGUUUCACAAAUUCCUCCUAUGGGAGUUAAAACUCCCCAUCAGAUUCCUUUGCAACCUGAAAAAAGCCGUCCAGGUCCAUCCUUACAAAUUCAGGACUUGAAAGGAACAAACCGGGAUCCCCGUCUUAAUAGGUUGAGCCAGCAUUCUUCUCAUGGAAAAGAUCAAAGUCACAGAAAAGAAUUCCUAAUGAACACAUUAAACCAAUCUGAUAUUAAGACAAGUAAAACUAUACCUUCUGAAAAACUAAACUCAUCCAAACAAGAAAAAAGUAAAUCAGGUGAAAAAAUAACCAAGAAAGAACUUGACCAGUUAGAUUCUAAAUCUAAAUCUAAAUCUAAAUCACCAUCACCUUUGAAAAACAAAUUCUCUCACACAAAAGACUUGAAAAAUCAAGAUUCUGAAUGCCCAAGGAUGUCUGACUUGAGUAAGAGAGAUCCAAGAUUAAAAAAACAUCUUCCAGAUAAGACUGAUAGCAAAGAUGAUGACUUAAAAGAGAAGAGAAAAACUUCAGAAAAAAAAGAUAAAGAAGAGCAUAUGAAAUCAUCUGAACAUAGACUGGCUGGAAGUCGAAAUAAAAUCGUUAAUGGCAUUGUUCAAAAACAAGAUGUAAUAACGGAAGACUCAGAAAAACAGGGAACAAAACCAGGGAGAUCAAGUACUAGAAAGCGAUCAAGAUCGAGAUCACCCAAGUCUCGGUCACCAAUUAUACAUUCUCCUAAAAGAAGAGAUAGGCGGUCACCCAAACGAAGGCAAAGGAGUAUGUCUCCAACCUCGACAGCCAAAGCUGGAAAGAUUCGCCAAUCUGGAUGUAAGCAGUCACAUAUGGAAGACUUUAUGCCACCUUCCAGGGAAGAAAGAAAUGCUAAGAGAAGUACUAAACAGGAUGUUCGAGAUCCAAGGCGAAUAAAAAAGACUGAAGAGGAGCGACCGCAAGAAACUACAAGUCAGCAUUCUACAAAGUCAGGCACGGAACCAAAGGAGAACAUAGAAAAUUGGUCAAGUUCCAAGUCUAACAAAAGAUGGAAAUCUGGUUGGGAAGAAAAUAAAAGCUUACAACAAAGUGAUGACCAUAGUAAAUCUCCUCAUCUAAGGCAUAGGGAAAGCUGGUCAAGCGCUAAAGGAAUCUUGUCACCUCGAACCCCAAAGCAACAGCAUCGAUUAAGUGUAGAUGCCAAUCUUCAGAUUCCUAAAGAGUUAACUCUUGCAAGCAAAAGAGAAUUACUUCAAAAGACGAGUGAACGUUUAGCAUCUGGUGAAAUUACACAGGAUGAGUUCCUUGUUGUUGUGCAUCAAAUUCGACAGCUAUUUCAGUAUCAAGAAGGUGUACGAGAAGAGCAGAGGUCACCAUUCAAUGAUCGUUUUCCACUUAAGCGACCUAGAUAUGAAGAUUCAGAUAAACCAUUUGUAGAUAGCCCAGCAUCACGAUUUGCCGGCCUCGAUACAAAUCAGCGACUAACAGCAUUAGCUGAAGACAGACCAUUAUUUGAUGGACCUAGUAGGCCAUCAGUAACAAGAGAUGGCCCAACCAAGAUGAUUUUUGAAGGACCUAAUAAAUUAAGCCCUAGAAUUGAUGGACCUCCUGCACCAGGUUCUCUUCGAUUUGAUGGGUCACCUGGACAAAUGGGGGGAGGUGGCCCUUUGAGAUUUGAAGGACCACAAGGUCAGCUAGGAGGCGGGUGUCCUUUGAGAUUUGAAGGUCCUCCAGGACCAGUAGGGACACCUCUGAGGUUUGAGGGGCCAAUUGGUCAAGCAGGCGGAGGUGGUUUUCGAUUUGAAGGUUCCCCUGGUCUGAGGUUUGAGGGAUCUGCAGGUGGUCUACGAUUUGAAGGACCAGGUGGCCAGCCUGUGGGUGGGCUCAGGUUUGAGGGACAUCGGGGUCAACCUGUGGGAGGUCUGAGGUUUGAGGGACCUCAUGGUCAGCCUGUGGGUGGACUUAGAUUUGAUAAUCCCCGAGGUCAGCCUGUAAGUGGACUUAGAUUUGAGGGAGGUCAUGGUCCAUCAGGAGCUGCAAUUAGGUUUGAUGGACCUCAUGGUCAGCCAACAGGUGGGAUCAGAUUUGAGGGCCCUUUGCUACAGCAGGGAGUUGGAAUGAGGUUUGAGGGCCCCCACGGUCAGUCAGUAGCUGGUCUGAGGUUUGAAGGACAACAUAAUCAACUCGGUGGGAACCUUAGAUUUGAGGGUCCACAUGGUCAACCAGGGGUUGGGAUUAGGUUUGAGGGGCCUUUAGUCCAACAAGGAGGUGGAAUGAGGUUUGAGGGUCCUGUACCAGGAGGUGGACUGAGAAUUGAAGGGCCUCUGGGUCAAGGCGGUCCAAGAUUUGAAGGUUGUCAUGCUUUAAGGUUUGAUGGGCAGCCAGGUCAGCCAUCACUCUUACCAAGAUUUGAUGGAUUACAUGGUCAACCAGGUCCUAGAUUUGAAAGAACUGGUCAACCAGGCCCACAGAGGUUUGAUGGACCACCUGGACAGCAGGUUCAACCAAGAUUUGAUGGUGUUCCUCAAAGAUUUGAUGGUCCACAACACCAGCAAGCAUCAAGGUUUGAUAUUCCCCUUGGUCUUCAAGGUGCACGAUUUGACAAUCAUCCUUCACAAAGGCUUGAAUCCGUUUCUUUCAAUCAGACUGGCCCAUAUAAUGAACCGCCUGGCAAUGCUUUUAAUGCCCCAUCCCAAGGACUGCAAUUCCAAAGACAUGAACAAAUAUUUGAUUCACCUCAAGGACCAAAUUUUAAUGGACCACAUGGCCCUGGAAACCAGAGUUUCUCAAAUCCUCUUAGCAGAGCUUCUGGACACUAUUUUGAUGAAAAGAAUCUUCAAAGUUCUCAAUUUGGAAACUUUGGCAAUUUACCCACUCCAAUAACAGUAGGAAACAUUCAGGCAUCUCAACAGGUUCUGACUGGUGUUGCUCAGCCAGUACCAUUUGGCCAGGGACAACAAUUUUUACCCGUUCAUCCACAAAAUCCUGGAGCAUUUGUUCAAAAUCCUUCAGGAGCCCUUCCUAAGGCAUAUCCUGAUAAUCACCUCAGUCAGGUGGAUGUAAAUGAAUUAUUUUCAAAACUGCUAAAAACAGGAAUUCUGAAAUUGUCUCAGCCUGAUUCAUCUACAACACAAACAAAUGAAGUUGCUGCUCAGCCUCCCACUGAAGAGGAGGAAGAUCAAAAUGAAGAUCAAGAUGUUCCAGAUCUUACCAAUUUUACAAUUGAAGAAUUAAAACAGCGUUAUGAUAGUGUUAUAAAUCGACUGUACACUGGUAUUCAGUGUUACUCUUGUGGAAUGAGGUUUACAACAUCACAGACAGAUGUAUAUGCAGAUCACUUGGACUGGCAUUAUCGGCAAAAUAGAACUGAAAAAGAUGUUAGCAGGAAAGUCACUCAUAGACGUUGGUACUACAGUUUAACAGAUUGGAUAGAAUUUGAGGAAAUAGCUGAUUUGGAAGAACGUGCAAAGAGCCAAUUUUUUGAAAAGGUGCAUGAAGAAGUUGUGCUCAAAACUCAGGAAGCUGCUAAAGAAAAGGAGUUCCAAAGUGUGCCUGCAGGGCCAGCUGGAGCAGUAGAGAGUUGUGAAAUCUGUCAAGAACAAUUUGAACAAUACUGGGAUGAAGAGGAGGAGGAGUGGCAUUUAAAGAAUGCCAUUAGAGUGGAUGGAAAGAUUUAUCAUCCAUCAUGUUAUGAAGAUUACCAAAAUACAUCUUCAUUUGAUUGUACGCCAUCUCCCAGCAAGACACCAGUUGAAAACCCUUUGAACAUUAUGUUGAACAUUGUCAAAAAUGAAUUGCAGGAACCCUGUGAAAGUCCCAAAGUUAAGGAAGAACAAAUUGAUACCCCACCAGCUUGUACAGAGGAGAACAUAGCAACACCCAUUGAAAUUAAAACAGAAAAUGAUACAGUUGAGUCAGUUUAA